AUGGUAGAGCCAGUUGAUUUCUGCGUUUUCAGCGUUCUGGUGACAGGAUCGGAUCGAGGGAUCGGUCUGGGUCUGGUGAAGAGGUUUCUGGAGCUGCCUUCUCCACCCAAAUGGGUCUUUGCUACCACCCUUGACUUGGAAGGAGAAGAAACCAAGGAGCUGAGAGAGUUGGCUUGCAAACAUCCAAAUCUGGUGAUGUUGCAAUUAGAUGUCACUAAACUUGAAAGCAUCCAAGCCGCUCAGAAAGAAGUGCAGAAAUGUGUCGGAGAAGGUGGCCUGACCAUCCUAUACAACAAUGCCGGCAUUUGGCUCUUCAACGAUCUGCAAACUGAAAACGCCAAGGAUAUGAUGAAUGUUUACUCUGUCAAUACCAUUGGGCCACUACAAAUAAGUCAGGCAUUCCUACCCCUGCUGAAGAAGGCAGCCCGGAGGAUUCCAUGUCAAGGGCUGAGCUACAGCAAGGCAGCUAUUAUUAACAUGUCCAGCAGCAUGGGCUCGAUAGAAUUUAUGGGUUAUUGGAAACAAAGUCAGAUGAUUGGAUACCUCUGCAGCAACCCGGAAAUCAGCGUGGAAGAGAGCACCCAAUGCAUUGUGACUGCGCUGUCCAAGCUUUGUGAAGAGGACAAUGGGACCUUCCUGGAUUGGUUGGGUCAUCGGAUUCCCUGGUGA